UUCAUGGCUGCCCGGGCACGAAUGGGGCUAAGGCUGGUUUCAAUUUCUUAUUUCGCCCCCAAUCUCACUGCUCCAACUCACAUUCGCUUAACUAAUUAUAUAAUUUAGAUGACUCCUCACCUGCUGUGUAGCUGUGCUUUAUUCUUGACUCUGGCAUCUUGAAUCCGAGGCUAAUGCAUCUUAGCAUUUUGAGGCACAUUGCCACCAUCCCCUUUUAUUUGUUUUCUUUUCUUGGAGUUCUGUCACCCAACUACGACGGCCUUCCUGUCGCGUCUGCAUUUGAGCGACCAUUUGCCCAAAUCGGUUGAACGCCUUCUUGGACACUCCUGUCUCCAUCGGCAGCCAUGUCAACGCAUAACGGAACACACCACUUCAUCGCCUUCGGCAAGAAUGCAAACUGCACGCUGGACGUGUGUCCCGUGUCGGCAAGCAUCCUCGAGUACCAGCCCUCGAUCCCCGGCAAUGCCGUCAUCAUCGGUCUUUUCGGCCUCGCCCUGCUUAUCCACGUCGCCCAGGGCGCCGUGUGGAGGUCUUGGACCUUCAUGAUCUGUAUGGUAUUGGGCUGCGUCGACGAGAUGAUCGGCUACGCCGGGAGGAUCAUGCUUAACACGAACCCGUUUUCUUUCAAUGCUUUUGUUAUCCAGGUCGUUUGCAUUACCACGGCGCCUGUCUUCUUUUGUUCGUCUAUCUACGUCUUGUUGACAAGAACCAUCAACAACCUCGACCGGUCCCUGUCUCGCUUUAAUCCCAAGUUCUUCGUGUGGAUCUUCAUCCCAUGCGAUAUCUUCUCUCUGAUCCUCCAAGCUGCCGGCGGUGCCCUCUCCUCCGUCCAAGCCGGCACCGGGAACAAGGCCGGCGUCCGCCUGUCCAUGGUCGGUCUCGCCUUCCAAGUCGUCACGCUGGUCAUAUUUGUGGGCCUCUUCGUCGACUACGUCGCUCGCUACGUCCACAAGUCGAAGGGCGCGCCGCUCCCCUCGCGAAUCAAGAUCUUCUUGAGCUUCUUGCUUUUGUCCAUUCUCUUCAUCCUCGUCCGUUGCGUGUAUCGCAUCGACGAACUGAGCGAUGGCUACGACGGCCCGCUCAUCCACGACGAGAAGCUGUUUGUUGGCCUCGAGUCUGUAAUGAUGCUUCUUGCCGUGUUCUGUCUCAACAUCGCUCAUCCUGGCAUUGCCUUUGGUCGCGAUAACAAGUCCGAUAGCGCACCGCCCCUUACAUACCAGACUGGCCCGCAGCAAUUCGCCGAGACGAAGAACCCUGGCACGUCGUCCUCGGACUAAUACAAGCGACGGCCGGCGUGAAGUUCAAGUUCGUUAUCAGAGCUCAGGUUAUCGGUUUGUGUGAAUAGUGUUUCUUUCGUGCUAUUUGAGGAUUUGUUACCUAAUAACUUCAUGUAUCAUUUUUCUAUAACAAUAGACAGGGAUAACGGCCACGGUAGUGAAAACCUGGAAUCCCUUACAAACGGUCGGGUAUCGCGAUGUGUGCCAUGUAGGUCCCAUGCAUCGGGAGAAGCAUGCCAACUUGAAGGGUUGGGCCGGCGAAUGAUGCAGCCACAGAUG